AUGCGCUUCUUCACUCAGAUCGCCGCCUUUGCUGCCGCCACUGCCACUCUGGUCAGUGCUAACACGAUCACCCUUAUCAACCAAGACGGAACUACCCGCAAUGCCGUGUUCACCACGAACUUGAACAGUGUGCUCCUUAAGACUGUCACUGUCGCGGGAAACUCUCAGCAAGUGGUUGAUAUUCCAGAGGGCUGGGCUGGUAACUUAUACGCCGUCGCCCAGGGUGAGCCUGAAGUUCCCGGCAUGCUCGCUGAGAUCACAUUCCAAGGCUGGAAUGAUUUCACGUACUUUGAUGUGUCAGCCAUCGUCAAGCCCGGUGACACCACCAACGUCAAGCAAGUCUACCCUAAGACUCAACUUGAGUCCACCAAGACUUUAGUAUCGGGAUGUGCCCUCUUCCCUUGCGCUACUGCCUACUACCACCCUGAAGACAUCCAGACGGUUGUCACUUCAGAGACGGACCUGAUCGUUACCCUUGGCACCUCUGACAAUGUUGCAUCCCGUGAGGUCAACCCUAACCUAGUCGCUCGCCACUACGCUCUAGGCAAACUGUCUCCUUAA